AUGUCUGGAAGAGCGCAGAGUCCGGAGUGCCAGAGCCGGCCCUAUGACUUCAGCCGGGCCAGUGCUUGCGCGCAGGGUUUGGAUCAGGACGGCUUGGGCAACGCUUCCACAUUCCAGUUUCCUCACGGCGUUUUGGCAGAUCCGAGCUUGCUUUACAAUAAAACCGUGUAUGGUAGUGUUACCCAUGCACCCGCGCAGAGCUUUUUCCCCUUCCCACCCGUGGCCAGUGACUACAGGGUGGCCGACCUUCAGGCUGGAGACUUCGGACAACCCAAACAUUGGUAUCCCUUCGCUGCGCCCGAGUACACCGGCCAGGUACCCGGCGCAGCCGCGGCCUCCCAGCCCAUAAACCUGAGCCCCACGAUUGCCGAGACCCGGGAGCAAAUCAAAUUACACGAGAUUAAGACGGAAAAGGACACAGAUGAAGACUACUCCACUGAGAUGAAGGCCCAGCAGUACCCGACACAGCCAACCUCCUCCACUAUGCCCCAUGGCCUCUUCUACUCGGCGGCCUGGAACCCGUCCUUCUGGCCCGGGAUCACCCACAUCCCCCCAGCUGGUGGUGGGAGCAAUAACCUAAAUCCCUCAACGUCCUCGGCGUCUUCUCCGUCUUUGUCUCCUUCACCCCCGGGCAACGGGAUUCCGGGGAGCGCGUUUUUCAACGUGAACUCCAGCCAGGCCGCCGCGGAGGCCCCGGCGCAGAACCCCACCGGCUCCACGCGGAGCAGCGGCUCCUCCAGCGGGGGCUGCAGCGACUCCGAGGAGGAGAACCUUUCCACUGAAGAGCUGGAGCAGUUUGCCAAGGAACUGAAACACAAACGGAUUACUUUGGGCUUUACCCAAGCAGAUGUUGGCCUUGCACUGGGUAAUUUAUACGGUAAGAUGUUCAGCCAGACAACCAUUUGCCGUUUUGAGGCUCUGCAGCUCAGUUUUAAGAAUAUGUGCAAACUGAAGCCCCUUCUGCAGAGAUGGCUGGACGAGGCAGAGACCUCGGAAAAUCCUCAAGAUAUGUACAAGAUUGAGCGGGUAUUUGCUGAUACCAGAAAGAGGAAGCGGAGGACCAGUCUAGAGGGAGCAGUGCGCUCUGCUUUGGAGGCCUACUUCAUCAAAUGUCCUAAACCCAACACUCAGGAGAUCACCCACAUCUCAGAUGACUUGGGGCUGGAGAGAGAUGUGGUACGAGUUUGGUUCUGCAACCGAAGACAGAAAGGGAAGCGUCUGGCGUUACCAUUGGACGAGGAGUGUGAUGGCCAUUACUAUGAGCAGAGUCCUUCCCCACUGAACAUGGCCCCUUCCCCCAUCCCCACACAAAGCUACCCAUUACCCAGCUAUCCGGGAGCACCUCCUCCCACUCUCUAUGUGCCAUCUCUUCACCGGCCCGAUGUCCUGAAACAAGCCCUGCAUCCUGGACUGGUUAGUCACCUGACAGGAUAA